UGGCUAUCUCUACUUGGCAAUAUUCUUUCCUAUUUAUAUAUAUUGAAACUUGCUUGCUCCUCCAACUUCUUCUCUGACCCUCAUUGUCUAUCUAUGCCAAAUGGAGAACAAACACUUGCGGAACAAUCUGCCGUUGCUGCGUGAUUCUUCCACAGCUUCUGGCUCCCAACCUUGCUCUCCCCUCAUUGACCCCACAACUCGCCAUGGUUUCUGUCCACUCCGCGGCCGCAAAUCCUGUGCUACCGAAUCCUCCGGUAAAUCACUCUAUUCCAAUGAUGGCGCUCUCCUUCGUGCCCGAUGGCCUUCUUCCUCUUCCUAUUCGUCUUCAAAGCAAUCCAACAAUUCGCUAGCGGAUUAUCUGAGCAACGACGGCCUUCCUGGACUUGUAGAUCGAAAGAGCAGCACCAACUCCUAUGCAGCCGGUCCCCAAUCCCUCUCCCGCAUGCGCAGCUGCUCAGAGUUCAGCCGCUUUGAAGAGAAGAAGGAAGAAGAUGAACAGAAGAGCAGCAGCAGCAGGAACGUAUCCAAAGAAAACCGCCCUUUUGGGAGUUCCAUGCGCUACAUAGGAAAACUUAGAUUCCCCAAAUCAUCCUCAAAGACCGAAAUCAACUCACGCAUACUGCCUGGUAGAAUGUCCGUGGAUGAGAGCAUACUCUCGAACUACAGGAGAACCACUGAUUUUGCUGUGGACUCGCUGAGCUCAGAGUCUGAUAGGAGUGAUAGUACCAAGGGGAUGAGUCCUAAUAUUCCUCGGUCUAGAAAUAAAGAUUCAGGCCCAAAGUCUGCGGAUAGGACUCCUGCAAGCAAGCUGGCAGCUGCUGCAGGUAUUCGAAGGAGUAGCUCCUUAACAGGAAAAGGACCAGGUUUGAAUCUAAGCCCGUGGGCACUUUCUCCCGGGCACCGCUCCAAUUCUCCACCAGUACGGCCACCACUGGCAGCGACAAUGGAGGGGGGAGGGACUCCGACUAGGUCAUUCUCGAGUCUCCGACCAGAAAACCCCGAUAAGAGUAAGAAAGUUGGGAAUAUUAUUAGCAUGGGGAUGGAUCUGUUUAGAAGGAAACAGGGUUUUACAUCCAGUAAUAUUAAGUUGAGACCUUCAUCUCCUGUGAUGGUGGUAGGAGAUGUAGGACACCAGUUCAGGAUGUUGCGUAAUUGUUUGAUUCAAUGGAGGUAUGUGAAUGCUAGAUUGAACUUCACUAAUCAGACAAGAACAAGCACUGCUGAGGGUAUGUUGAUGCGUGCAUGGACUGAGAUAGGGAAGCUGCAAAGUUCAGCGAUGAAGAAGACGUUGCAGCUUGAGAGGGAGAAGUUGCACCUAAAGCUCGACCUUCAUCUAUCUUGGCAGAUGAAAUCAUUGGAAGCAUGGCAAGUGAUAGAGAAACAGCAUGCAUCUGCCCUUUCGACUACACAAAAUUGCUUACAAGCAGCAGUUUGCAGGCUACCUCUUAUUGAUCGGGCAAAGGCAGACCCUCAGCUUUUGGCCAUUCGGCUUCGACAAGCAGCAAAUCUAAUUUCACUUAUCGAGUCUGCAUUAGGCAUAUACGCUUCAGUGGGGCAAAGUACAGUCCCAUUACUUUAUGAGCUCGCCCAAGUAGUUGCUGAGGAAAGAACAUUAUUGGAAGAGUGUGUUGAGAUGCUGGGAUUGAUUUUUUCUCUACAGAUUCAAGAGGAAAGCUUGGAGUGUCAUCUAUUUCAAAUAAAAUCAUCACAGCUGCAGAGCAAUACUUCACUGGAAGGAAAGUUCAUUAUUUCCAAUUAGCCAGAAAUGAAAUAAAGGAAAAAAAAAGAAAAAAAAAGAAAACACAAGAACAAGAGAGAAACUUACAGGAUGCCAGCGCUACCUGUGACUAUAGAUCCCGAGUGAACCUCACGUUUCCAGCGAUGAGUUCAAAGCCCAUUCAAGAAGCAUAGCUUAAGAUUUCAGUUGGGGUCCUUUUUUUUUGUUUCUUUCGAGGGGUUGAUUUAUUGUUGAAGCUUUUG